AUGGCUAACUUAAUCGAAAAUAAACUCAAUGACUCUUUGUUAAUGGAAGAGACCAAAACACAACCGAGAUUGUCAAAAGAUCUUUCUGAAGCUAUUGAUCAACUACCUAUAGCGAGUACUGAAAAAGAAAACUUAAAAGAUAAAUUGAAUGAUAUGGUUAACGAGGAGGUAGAGAAUAAAACUGAAACGGACCCUCCCGAUACCAGGAAAAGCGUCGACGCUACCAGAAAAAGCGUCGACGCUACCAGAAAAAGCGUCGACACUACCAGAAAAAGCGUCGACACUAGUAGAAAAAGCGUCGACACUACCAGAAAAAGCGUCGACACUACAGAUUUGUCGGCACCCGAAAAAACUAAGAACGAUAUUCUUCUACAGUCCGUCGAGCCGGAGACUGAAACUACUUCAGUUCAAACUCCUAAAGUCACGGACACACAAACAAACACAUCGGAGGUAAUGACAGAAAAAUCUCAACAGACAUUCAAACCACAGAUACCUAUAGACAAAGCUGAAGAAGAAUACACUAAUCAAUUAAAUACUACAUUUAAAAACUGGAUAGAUGGGCAUUUGAAUAUAGAUGAUAAUGAAAAAGAACGGAUUAAUAGCAAGCUGACCGAUGAUAUAGUAGCUAGGAAGAAAUUUCUGCAAAUUAAUCCAAGGGCGACGUCACGGGAAGAGGACGUUUAUAAUCUGAAGAAUUUAUUGUAUCGGAGGAUUAACCCCGUGUUGAGCAUGGGACAGCUCGCUUUUCUUCUGACGGACGCUGGGACUCUGAUGAAUGCAAUAGCGGCAAUACCUGUACCAUUCAUGGUCGUGCCACUGGAUUUCUUUCCGAUAGACGAUUCGGACACUAGUGAUGAUCAGAAACUUGAAUCAGAUAUUAAAUAUCAAGUCAACGAUUGGGUUGAUACUUUACCAGUUACCAUACGAAAUGACGACGAGAAGAAAGACUUAGACACAAGACAGGCGCUCUAA